UCAGACAAAUUUAUACUUCCACUGAAAGGUGCUGGGCGCUUUCGCUCAUUUAUUCCGCCUCAUCGGGCCUCCUUCUCCACCCCGCCGAGAGAGCCGCUGCUGGAAGAGAUCACUGCCGGAAUCACCCACCUGGGGUUUUUCCCUUUGUCGAAUCACUUGGUGUCAGUUUCGGCGUUGAUUUUUGUUUCGGUUUCUUAUGGAGGAUUCGACAGGCCCAUUGGACUCGGCUUCCACGGCAUCGCCGCCCUCGAGCUUUGAUCGCGAGUCAUCUAACAAGGAUGCAAACACCUUAAGGGAGGUUGUGCAUGCACAUAAUUCUCGACGACCAAACCUUGCAUCCUUGCAAAUACCUGCGAGAACUUUGGAAAGUCCAAUGCCUUCUGCAAGGACACAUGGAUUGUCCAGUCCUGGUUCAGCAAGAGCAGGCCUACCACCAAAAUCAAAUUCAACAAGGUCAAAAUCAUCUAUUAGAAGUGUCUUCUCACAGAGGAGUCUUAAGACAAAAGGCUCAACUUCAGAAGGUGACAGAACAGUUCUCCUGAUUCCCGGAACACCUUCUUCAGGACAACAAGACAAUCCUUCAACGUCAAGGCAAUUUUCUUUUAUCAAGGUUUUAUCCUCUGUUUCAACCAAGAGAACAUACUCUUUACCUGUUACACCAGUUGGCAAUCAAGGUCCAUCUACUGAACAAGAAAGACAUGUGGGCCUCUCUUCUCUGGAAAAAAAAGGUAUGAAGAUGCAGAUCAGACGAUCACUUUCAGUACCUGGGAAUGCCAAAAAUAGAGGUUUACGGAGAAUGGAUUCAAUUGGUUUAGUACGAGUUAUUUCAGCAACCCCUCGUCCUGUCAUGACUGACAUUACCAUCGAAAAUGAUGCAGCUAUCGAGACAGUCAAUGUAACUGAAGAUGUUAGUGAAGAUAUUCCAGAAGAAGAGGCCGUCUGCCGAAUAUGUUUCAUUGAACUUUCUGAAGGAGGAGAAACACUUAAAAUGGAGUGUAGCUGCAAAGGAGAACUUGCACUUGCACACAAAGAGUGUGCAGUAAAAUGGUUUAGUAUUAAGGGAAACAAGAGAUGUGAUGUAUGCAAGCAGGAAGUAAGAAACCUACCUGUAACAUUGCUGAGAUUACAGAAUAAUCAGACUGUUCGUAGACACGCUGCAUAUGCAACUCAUCGGCAACAAGUUGCUCAAUACAGGAUAUUGCAGGAUGUCCCUAUUCUUGUCAUGGUCAGCAUGCUUGCCUAUUUCUGCUUCCUGGAGCAACUCUUAGUUAGUGAAUUGGGUCCCCAUGCUCUUGCCAUAUCUUUGCCAUUUGCUUGUGUUCUAGGUCUUCUCGCAUCCAUGAUAGCUUCAACGAUGGUGAGUCAGAGCUACAUUUGGGCCUAUGCAUCGUUCCAGUUUGCACUUGUGAUCCUCUUUGCUCAUGUUUUCUAUAGUGUGCUAGGAGUAAGCCCUGUGUUCUCCAUUUUACUUUCCUCAUUUACUGGGUUUGGUAUUUCAAUCAGUAUGAACUCUUUGCUCAUUGAGUAUUUAAGAUGGAGGGCUAGGAGAAAUUUGCGCUCGACCCAACUUAAUCAGAGUCAGCAGCAGAAUGAAGCCAGAAACCUUGCUGGAGUUGAAGAUGGAGGUGACACAAGGCAGCAAGACUUGGAGAACCAGAUUCAAGAUCCUAACCCUUUGCAACAUGGACAAAAUCAUUCGUAAAGACUUUGAGAGGAUAAAGACUCAUACAUACCUCAUGUCAGCUGCAGCAGAGAUCUGCCUUGAGCUCCAGUAAUUUUGGAAGAACAUGACUAACAAAAAAACUGGGCAAAAUGUGGAUGAUGAGAGCUAUGAAUUGCACUUCUGUGUUUUCGACAUGGUUCUCUGUAAAUAACCAAUGAAGUUGGUCAGAAACUUUGGGGGAGACAAAAGGAGUUAAAAUGAAUCUAUAGGUGAUUUAUGUGGUAAAUGAUUGAAAGUUUAAGUACUCUAGUAAGUAAUUUAUGUGUGCAUGUUGUUUUCUUUUUCUUUUGUUCUUUUUUUGUAACGUUGUAAUGUUGUGGCAUUUGAUUGUUUUUUUUAAUGUAUGGCGAUAUUGGCAUCAUGUUGAAGGCCAGAAUGCUAAAUUGAUCUUAUUAAUAUAUUAACAAAGGUUUUCAUCAA